AUGGCUCUGCCGGCACGGCCGCCGCAUGUUGGGGAGGACCAGCAGAACUUGGAGGAGGGCACAGGCGAGAGCUCCCCACCUCCUCGGUCGCCACGUGCGUUCAACCCCGACCUCCACGAGGUGCAGAGGAAGAUCUGCGAGCGCCUCCGCCAGACGGGGCGGCACGACCGUACGCUCGCAGACCCCACCUUCAACGCCCGCUUCGCCCGCCACCUCGAGAGGUUGCCGCGGAGGUACCUCCUCGACCUCGACCUCAAAGACAAGGUGGACGAUGUCCUGCUGCACUGGAGGAUCCUCGACGAGUGCGCCGACCCCAACAAGCGACCCGUCUUUCACGCGCGGUUCCUAAAGUAUAAGACAGUUCCCAUGGAGGAUGACGGCAUUGGCCAUAGUCAAGAUCAUGAGGAGCCGUAUCAAAAGUUGUUGGAGGAGCUCAGUUUGGAAAGAAGAAAGACUGUGGACAGAAAUGAUUCCAUGUCUAUCUCCUCUAAGACUAGGGACGACUUGAAAACUGUCCUUCUUCAUGAGAUCAUUUUCUCCUCCAUCGACAGGCCCAAGCUCCUAAGUCGGCUAACUGCCUUGCUCUCUGAGGUUGGACUGAAUAUCCAGGAAGCUCAUGUUUACUCCACAAAGGAUGGUUUUUGUUUGGACGUUUUUGUUGUUGAUGGCUGGAAGACAGAGGAGACUGAUGAGCUGAUCGCGGCGAUUAAGGAGACAUUAACACAAAAAAAUGCAUCACCAUCUAAUUCAACAAAUUCUUCGACAUCGGAGAGAAUAGUUGACCUACAACAAAAGGUUGGAGAUUGUGAAAUUGACUUAAGCAUGCUAACAAGGGAUGAUAAGAUAGCAUCUGGAUCGUCUGCAGAUUUAUAUCGAGGAACUUAUAAAGGCCGUGAUGUUGCUAUAAAGUGUCUCAGAUCUGCAAAUCUCAGCAAUCCUUCACAAGUUGAGUUCCUGCAGGAAGUACUUAUUCUAAGGGGUGUUAACCAUGAAAAUAUUCUGCAAUUUUAUGGGGCAUGCACAAAGCAUCCAAACUAUUGCAUUGUAACAGAAUACAUGCCUGGAGGGAAUAUAUACGACUUUCUUCACAAGCAAAAUAACUUCUUGGAACUCCAUAAAAUUCUAAGAUUUGCUAUCGAUAUCUCAAAAGGAAUGGAUUAUCUGCACCAGCAUAACAUUAUACACAGAGAUUUGAAGUCUGCAAAUCUUCUCCUAGGCUUUGACCAAGUUGUAAAGAUCGCAGACUUUGGUGUGGCGCGACUUGGAAGUCAGGAGGGGCAGAUGACUGCUGAAACUGGAACCUACCGAUGGAUGGCACCAGAGAUAAUUAAUCAUAAGCCGUAUGACUACAAAGCGGAUGUAUUCAGCUUUGCCAUUGUUCUUUGGGAGCUUGCAACUUCAAAGGUCCCAUAUGACAACAUGACACCCUUGCAAGCUGCAUUAGGAGUAAGGCAGGGAUUGCGCUUGGACAUUCCGGCCAGCGUGCACCCAAGAUUGACCAAACUGAUUCGACAGUGUUGGGAUGAAGAUCCUGAUGUGCGUCCGACUUUUGCAGAGAUCAUUAUAGAACUCCAAGAUAUUCUACACUAUAUUCAGGCACCGAAGGGACCCAGUCGUCGUUCUAGAGCAAAGAUGCAAAAGAAAUCAGAGGGAUGA